AUGGACGAAGAUAUGAAGGACGUCUACACAUGCAUGACGAUGCUCAAACUGUGCGAGACCAAGUGGCUCCUUGUGGGACGAUAUUGGGAUCUUCUGUGCGAGAUAAUCACAGUGAACCAACUCAGUGCUCCUGCAGCAAUUGAUGCUUCUGAGGAAGCCAUUGCGUCCUGGGGAAACCAGGGUGGCACAGCCAGCGGCGACAACCCUGGAGGUUUUGCAGGUAUUUCCAGAGUUGCCGUUGCGGGGACCGUCGGGGGCCAUCCAAACAACGUGGACACCUAUGAAUAUGUAUUACCGGAAGAGCUGCUCGCAGACAAAUCGAUGGACACAACCAACCUUGCCUACUUUCAAUCUGAUCUCAGCCCGGGCGAGCCAUCGGGUGCUGCCAAAGGUAGCUCGGUGUUCACUACGAAUAGCCUGCAAUCCCUGUUUGACAACGGUGUUCCGUUGUGGACGAAUUGGACCCGGCUCCUCACUGGCAGAGAUGAUACACCACCACUCCCUGGAAGCAUCCCGUAA